AAUAUAACAAAUAUAUAAAAGGGGUCAAAGAGACUUUUAUUACCCACGAAGAACAAGAACGAAAACAAACACCAAAAUCAGAAAGAGACCGAUCGAUCUUCUCCCUCUUGUCCCUAUGGAAACGCAACUCUCAAACGCAGACGCUGAUUCCCUCCAGCGACUCCUAAAUUUGAGCCUCGGAGCUAACGACUACACCGCCAAAAUCAUCAACGGAUCACGAUCCGCAAACUCCACCAAUCCACAGUGCCAGCCUUUGGACAUCGAGUUCGUGGAGAAGAUCUUGAACUACAAGUUCAAAGACAAGAGUUUGCUGCUGCAAGCGUUCACAGACGCUACGUUUGAUGAAAACUGCGUUUCGUAUGAACGCCUAGAGUUCUUAGGAGACACCGUCUUAAAUAUGGUUAUAACAAAAUAUUUAUAUAAUCGCUACCGAGAUUGUUCCCCAGGUUUGUUGACCAAUCUCCGAGCGGUCAACGUUGACACAGAGAAACUGGCCAGAGUCGCUGUAAAACACAACCUCCAUCGCUGCCUCCGUCAUAAGAAACCCUUGCUUGAGGACCAAAUUUUGGAAUUUACAAAAGCAAUGGAAACAUAUCCAUUACACUCUCGUGGUCUAUUGAAAGUCCCUAAAUCUCUAGCUGACAUAGUAGAGUCUACCAUUGGAGCUCUAUAUACUGACUGUGACUCCUUUGAGACCGUGUGGAAGGUGGUAAUGCCAUUGUUGGAGCCGAUAAUAUCUUUAGAUAAACUGGAGAACCAUCCAAUGACAGAACUUCAUGAGAUGUGUCAGAAGAAUAACUUGAAAUUGAGGUUCGACGACAGUACUUGGGAAGUUGAUAAAAGGGUUCUUGUCUUUAUUGAGGAUAAAUUGGUUGGACGUGGACAUCAUCUUGCCAAGAAAGACAGUGCUAAAAAUUGCGCUGCAAAAGAUGCUCUCGACAAUUUUUCCUAUUUAUUUACAAAGAUUUAAUAUAAUUUAUAUAAUUUGUAUGAAAAACUCUUUUUAUCUUGAAAAGAUUGUAUUAUUUCUUUGUAUUUGAAUCAACAUGAACAAAAAUAACAACACUUUGGGCUAUACAAGCCCACCAUGUUAAAAUUUAUCUAAAAAUUAUUAA